CGGGCCCCGGGCUUUCCCCACUCCGCGCCCUGGCCGCCGCGCCCCGCGUCCGCCCCGGCAUGGUGAACCUAGCGGCCAUGGUGUGGCGCCGGCUCCUCCGGAAGAGGUGGGUGCUCGCCCUGGUCUUCGGGCUCUCGCUCGUCUACUUCCUCAGCAGCACCUUCAAGCAGACCUCUGAGUGUUGCAGUGAGCCAGGACUCAAUCUCUGCAUUCUUUCCUACCUGACCCAGGUAAUCUCUGGGACCAUUGUUUAUUUCCAGCUGUAUGCUCUUGAUACCCAAAUUUGUAACUAGCCUAGACCUA